AUGAAUAUAUCACCUUCUGCGUGCAGCAGUGGAUACGAAUCGGGAUGGACUAUGUACUUGGAUCAAUACUUCAAUUCUACAGAUCAAUACAGCAAGACCUCUGAUAAAAAUCAUCAUCAAAGAAAAGGGACAUAUGUGAAUGAGGAGGAAGAUGACUACGAUUUGUCUAUGAUAUCAGAUGCAUCAUCAGGUCCUCCACAAUUCGAUGUAAGCAUUUUGGGUUCUUCAAAUCUUCUCAGAAAGAGAAAACAGCUUCAGCAAAAUCAGGCAGUUUGCUGGGAAGAAAAAGACAGUAAUUAA